AUGGGCGGAAAGACGGUGUCGAACACCGAGGACGGCAGCGCCACUGGCGCUGCUGCGCGUGAGCCGGCAGGCUUCCGGAGACAGGCGGGCGCGCUGAUCCGCAAGCAGGCGUCGUACCAGAAGCGCAACCUCUGCCAAAACCUCUCGCUGCUCUUUUCGCCCAUCUUCUUCUGCAUGGUCCUCUUCAUCCUCCAGCAAGCUAUCAACACCGCUUUCGACGACGACGCCUUCAAGUGCGGAUGCGAGUGCCUCCUGUGCUGCCGGCGAGAGAACAACCCGCUGACGUGCUACGUGCCGUCCCCCUUCGACCCGCCGUGCCUGUACCGGUACUGCCUGCGGUCGAACGAGGACAACUGCGACAUCCAGUUCUCCGACGCACAGCAGAGCGCCUUCUGCGGCAUCGACCACGCGCCGGAAAUCCCCCCCAUCCUCCAGGUGCCCCGCGAGAGCCGCCGCGCCCUCCGCUACUCGCCCAACCUGGGCAUGCCGUACACGUCCGACGCGGGCACCGCGGCGCAGGCAGACGCGCUCGCUAGCGACCUCUUCACGCCCCGGACGCCCGAGGACCUCUGGCGGUCGGCCCAGCGCGUGAACGACACCUUCUGGGACCUCCUGCGGCAGCGGCAGACCCUGACGGAGAUCUUCCUGGCCACUCCGCGGGCGUUCGACGACAACUUCGACGAGCCGCUGGGCUCCCGGCGCGACCUGGAGAACGUGCACGUCAUCGACGACGCGUUCACGCCGCUCCAGCACCUCUACGUCCUCGCCGACGCGCCCACGUGCGAGCAGACGUUUUUGUACGUCGAGAACCUCGACAAGGCGUACCUGGACGACAUCAACGAGGGCGACUGGCGCAACCGCUCGGCGCAGGCCAAGGCCGAGCGCGACGACGACGUGAUCUACGCCGAGGUCCCGCGCCAGGGCCUGCGCCUGGGCUGCCUGGGCGUGACGCCCGAGCGCUACGCGGACGCCCGCGCGAUCAACGACGCGCUGUACUGCGGGUUCGCGCGCGCGUCGUGCCCGGGGAAGCCGGCGCUCGAGACCGCGGAGUACCCGCUCGCGUUCGACUUCAAGUCGACGUCCACGGAGACGGGGACGCUCGACGUGCGCAUGUUCUUCAACGACACCACACGCAUCGGGCGCGGGGGCGGGCCGCCGGAGAUGCAGCGGUUCGCGAAGCCGAUCAACAUGGUGACGAACGCGUGGCUCCGCCGCGCGCUCGGCCCGGCGUACAGCGCGCGCCAGCGGUGGAUCAAACACACCCCCGCCCAGUCGCGCGCGCUCAACCUGGACUUCGCGAGCCUCCUCGGGCCGCAGUUCUACCUCUGGGUGCUGCAGCUCAUCCUCCCGGUGAUCCUGCAGAGCCUGGUGUACGAGAAGGAGCAGCGGCUGCGCAUCAUGAUGCGCAUGCACGGCCUGUCGGACGUGACGUACUGGUUCGUGUCUUACCUGUGGUGGUUCGCGCUCUCGACGGUCUACUCGUUCUUCCUCCUGGCGUUCGGGUCCGCGAUCGGGCUCGAGUUCUUCCGGAAGAACUCGGCCAGCGUGCAGAUCGUGUUCUACCUCCUGCUCGCGUGCAACCAGAUCGGAUUCGCCUUUCUGCUGUCAUGCUUCAUCUCCAACCCGCGCACCGCGCUCACGCUGGGCUACUUGUGGGUCAUCGUCUCGGGCUUCCUCGGCACGUACAUGAUGACCACGUUCAUCGAGCGCGAGCGGUGGUUCACGCCCAUCAUCGAGCUCAUCCCCGCGUUUGGCGCCUAUCGCGGGCUGUACGAGUUCGCCGAGUACGCCUUCCGGGGCACCUACGCCAACCUCCCGGGCCUGCGGUGGGAGGACCUCUCCGACGACAACAACGGCCUCGGGCGGGUCAUGUACGUCUUCGUGCUCGAGUGGAUCGUGUUUUCUCUCCUGGCGUGGUACCUCAGCCAGGUCAUGGACGCGCAGACCGGCUCGCGGCGCCACCCGCUCUUCUUCCUGCCCGCCAAGUACCGCGUCGGCUUCGCGGCGCGCCGCGGCGACACCAAGGACACCCGGGACCCCGCCCUGCCGCUCCCGGACGAGGCGGACGACGUCCAGGAGGAGCGCGCGCGCGUGGAGGAGAUCACGAGGAGCACGGGCGGGUCGCAGGCCGCGUCGUGGGACCACCCGAUUGUGGUGCGCGGGCUGCAGAAGACGUUCCCGGCGACGGGGGGCAACCCCCCGAAGCAGGCCGUGCAGUCCCUGUCGGUCGCCGUGGACCGCGGCGAGGUGUUCGGGCUGCUCGGGCCGAACGGCGCGGGCAAGACGACGUCGAUCUCGAUGCUCGUCGGCCUUCUCGAGGCCUCUGGCGGUUCUGCGCUGAUCCAGGGCUUCGACAUCAACAAGGAGAUGCAGAACAUCUACUCGAUCAUGGGGGUGUGUCCGCAGCACGACAUCCUCUGGGGCACGCUGACGGCCGCGGAGCACCUGCGCUUCUACGGCCGGCUCAAGAACAUCCCGGAGAAGGAGCUCAAGGACGAGGUCAUGCGCGUCCUGCGCCUGGUCAACCUGCACGGCGUCGCGCACAAGAAGGUCAAGACGUUCUCCGGGGGCAUGAAGCGCCGCCUGUCCUUCUCCAUCUCCAUCAUGGGCGACCCCGCCGUCGUCUUCCUCGACGAGCCGUCCACAGGGCUUGACCCGGCGUCGCGGCGCAACAUGUGGGAGGUGAUCCGGAAAUACAAGCGCGACAAGGCGCUCAUCUUGACGACGCACUCGAUGCAGGAGGCCGAGGUCCUGUGCGACCGCCUCGGCAUCUUCGUCGAGGGCAAGCUCUUCUGCCUCGGCAACCCCAAGAACAUCAUCUCUCGCUACGGCGGAUACAUUCUGCUGACCAUCACGACGCUGCCGGAGCACCUCGGCGCGGCGCGGAAGCUCGCGGAGUCGCUCGCGCCGGACUGCCAGCGGACGUACGCGCUGGGCGGGACGCAGAAGUUCCACUUCCAGGCGUCGGAUGUGCAGCUGUCGCAGGUGUUCCGGCGGAUUGAGGAGGCGACGAGCUCGGGGAGCCUGCAGCUGCUGGACUGGGCCGUGCACCACGCGAACCUCGAGGACGUGUUCCUCGAGGUUGCGCGGGGCACGGGCGCGAAGCUGACGUGA